CCUGCGUCGUUGCAGGCCUGAGACAUGAUGCUCGAUGGAAGCGAAGGAAAACUCUGAAUUCACCGAUCUACUGGCGACGUUAAUUGCGGUGUAAGCGGCCGGAUGUGGCCAGACCCGUCGAAAUAUAUUAAUCUUAAUGUCUCCUGACCGACGAUCCCCUCGCCCACUUCGCAGGCUGAGGAAGAUCCCACCCCGCGAGAGCCUGCGAACUCUUUCAAAAAUGGCCGUCCAAUAGCAACAUCAUCUUCCUACUUAGCAAACAUCUCUCCUGCCUCACGUGGACCGAGAUCGUGGUACAAGUGACACAACCACCCCAUCGUUAAGAACACCAGAAAACACAGACCCCGACCCGGGAGAAUCAUUUCGAACAAGCCCAGAAAUCAUGGCAAAGGCAUUCGAAAUCGCCGUCCCCGAUGCUCAGCUACAUCGUCUGCAGCAGAAACUAGAGACGGCAUCCUUUCCCGAUGAACUGGACGAUGCUGAAUGGAGCAGGGGCGUUCCCUUGGCUGAGAUGAAGCGCUUGGCCACGUACUGGCGCGAUGGAUUCAACUGGCGACAAAAGGAACUGGAACUAAACCAGACACUAAAGCAGUUCAUGGUUCCAAUUACGGUACCGGGAUUUGGUGAGCUGGACAUCCACUGCCUACAUCAUACCAGUCCCAAUCCAAACGCCAUUCCAUUGCUCUUCAUCCAUGGCUGGCCUGGAAGCUUUCUCGAAGCGACUAAGCUUAUCCCUUUGUUAACAGCAGGCAAUGGUCAGCCUGCAUUCCACCUGGUGGUGCCUUCGUUGCCUAACUUUGGCUUCUCCUCGGCCGUGAAACAGAAAGGCUUCGGCCUGGUCCAGUAUGCAGAAGCCAUGCAUGCCGUCAUGGCUGCAUUGGGCUAUUACGACUAUGCCAUCCAAGGAGGCGACUGGGGGAGUAUCAUCGCUCGUAUCAUGGCACAUCGCUACCCCGAUCAUGCCAAAGCGGUGCAUAUCAACUGCCUGCCGGUGAUGCCGCCUCUCCCAUGGCGGAAUCCACUCCUCUUUCUCCAGUCUCUCCUGACCAUCCCCUUUUCGUCUAGGGAUAAGGCUCACCUCGCUGCCACGAAGCAGUAUCUGAUGGAAGGGAGCAGUUACUUCCAUGAGCAAGCGACCUGCCCUCAGACGCUGGGGUAUGCUCUCCAUGAUAGUCCCGUGGCGCUGUUGGCUUGGAUCUACGAGAAGCUGCAUUCCUGGACGGACAACUAUUCUUGGACCGACGAUGAGAUUCUGACCUGGGUGAGUAUCUACCAAUUUUCGACCGCCGGGCCUGCGGCGUCCGUCCGGAUUUACUACGAAGCGGCUCGAAAGGAUUCCCCUUCGGCUUCCCCGGGUCUAACGACGGCCGACGUGAUAUCGACCGCUGCCCCCCACCGUGUCCAGUUCGCCGUGGCUCAGUUCCGUCGCGAACUGAUGCCGGUGCCUCUCUCCUGGCGGUGGUUAAUUGGGAACGUCGUUCGGGCCAAUGAAUAUGACUGCGGGGGUCACUUCGCUGCUUGGGAAGUGCCGGAGUUGCUGGCUUCGGACGUGCAGGCGUUUCUGGGGAGAAAUGGCCAGGCCCAUGGUGCUGUUGCAGGAAAGUCUGGGUACUAAUCGUAGUUCCACGCACAAGCCAUACGCUGUGGACUGUAGGUAAUAAGCCUGGAAAGGAUGCAGAGAUCUAUAUUUUGAAAAAUCCCUGUCUUGCUGCCGCCCUUUCCCUUCUGUCCUCACUCUACUCUGCCUCCUCGCAAUCGACAGUAUGUAACAUCAAGUGGAGACCGCAGACGCCAGAAGCUGCUCUCGACCAGCAGAGUAUCAAUCAAUGGUAAUGGUGCGUUAAAUUAGAACAUCGAACAGCAUGAUUAAAGAAAACAUGGAAACAAAAAUUCAUAU